AUUCGGAGGCGUGUGGUAGUGAUGGCGGCUCUCAGCGAGGCUUUCCUGUCACUGGAUACUACUACUCCCAGCCCGCCUCGGAGCAGCCCUAGCCACCCCUCGGUCUUUAGUUUACGAGUGGCAAUUUGACUUGCUCUGCUGCAUGUCUGGAGGGACCGAGGAAAGUGUGGAGACGCCCCGGGGAUUUAGGGACCGCAGUUUGGAAAGCAAGCCAGCCAAACAAAUAAACAAAACCCACCCGCCCUAACAAAUAUGAGGCUGCUGGAGAGGGUGAGGAAGGAAUGGUUCAUGGUCGGGAUAGUGGUGGCGAUCGGCGCCGCUAAGCUGGAGCCGUCGGUCGGAGUGAACGGGGGACCACUGAAGCCAGAGAUAACUGUGUCCUACAUCGCCGUGGCAACCAUAUUCUUCAACAGUGGGCUGUCAUUAAAAACGGAGGAGCUGACCAGCGCCCUGGUGCACUUGAAGCUGCAUCUUUUCAUCCAAAUCUUCACACUUGCCUUCUUCCCAGCAACCAUGUGGCUCUUUCUUCAGCUUUUAUCAGUCACGCCCAUCAACGAGUGGCUUUUAAAAGGUUUGCAGACAGUAGGUUGCAUGCCUCCCCCUGUGUCUUCCGCCGUGAUUUUAACCAAGGCAGUUGGUGGAAAUGAGGCAGCUGCAAUAUUUAAUUCGGCAUUUGGAAGUUUUUUGUCCAUCAUCCCAGAAAGUCAGAAGAAGUCCAGGAACCUGGAGGCAAAAACUGAGACAGAAGCUAUGGAGGACUGCUGCUUACUGGCUUACUCCCUGCGGCAAGCUCCAUCUGUCUUUUUUAACCCCAGGACCAGUAGCCCAAGAAGUUGGCACCACCUACAGUGAGCAUGGUCUUCCCACACCUACCAUCCAUCAAGAAAAUGCAGCACUUGUUUGCCCACAGGCUAAUCUGGUGCGGACAUUUUCUCAGUUGAGGUUCCCUCAUCCCGAAUGACUUCUAUCCUAUGUUGAGUUGAUAUAAAACGGUCCAGGAUAAGAUGUAGUAGUCACUGCUCUGUUGCAGUGAUAAAAUACCCCAAGAAAAGCAACAUAGGGAAGAAAGGUUUUGGUUUGGCUUAUGACCAAAGGUGCUCUAGAGGGAUAAAGUCCAAAUGACAGGCACAGCGAUAGUCAGGGGAAUGUGGUAUCAGGAGCAGGAAGCUGACUGGUCACAUGUUUAUCCACACACAGAGUCCUAUCCCAUCCUCCCUCCCCCUGCUUCUAUGAGUGUGUUCCCCCACCCACCCGCCUACCUUUUGUAAAGGUAAAACAUAACCAAGCCUUUGUUGGAUUAGAAUUCUUUAGUACCCCACGAAUUUAGAAAGACCAUAUGCCCUCCCUAAAGAUGGGAAAGAUUUUAUUUUUUCUUCUGAAUUUAGAAAUUAUUAUUUGAGGGUAAGGUCUAUAAACGUUGAACGACAAGUGUUUCUUAAAGAGAUAUUGAAGUGCUUGCUUUUGCAGAGGUUAGAAUUAAAGCUACUCUUAUUAACAAGAAGGGAGUAGGGAGCAUUGAAUAUCCCCUAGGUGACUGAGAGCAGGAGGCACGUCUUAGGGGCUAUUGUCCAGAGUGGGCCAUCCAAUGGUGGUGUUUAAGAACAAUUGCCUAAGGCUGUCUUGGGGCAAGUGCAUGGUAGAAACAGAAUUUGCUCCUUUAGGGGAAGGGAAAAGAAGACCUUGCUUCCCUAAAGAUGGAUGGCUCCUCUUUGUCUGGCCGAAGAGUGGCACUGAUGGAUUGCAGAGUGUGUGAUAGCAAAUCUUGCUUGUGUCCAGUGAGGGCCUUUCUUUGGCGGGUAGAAGGGCUCAAACUGAGAAGUCUAUUUGGGAUGAGUUAUCUGUAAUCUCUGCCUUUCCCUGGAGAGGGAGGGAGUGACUAAUUGCUGCAUCCCUUAACAGUAAUUGAGACGGAUUGAGGGCGGAAAUAAGUGAUUAACCUUGAGCCUCCUCCUGACACUGCUCAUGGUCCUGUUAGACUGGGUUUCUGGGGUGCCUUGGUGGUUCAGUCACACAGAUGACCACGUAGCUCCCGUAAUUAACUUAGGCCGUGUGUUUCCGCCCUGACUCUCAGAUGCUUGUUGGUCUGUUGACAUCAUUCCAGGAAUGAGAGUGACAGCCAGAGGCAGAGUUACUUAGAAGCUAAUGAAGGACUGUCAUCUGCACAGGCCUCUUACUAAGUCCUGGAGCUAAUUUUGGACCACCAGACCAGACCGUAUGAAGUUUAGUUCCUACAGAAGAACCAGGUUCUGCCUGUGUGGCAAAAGUCUCAUUACAAAUAAGCAAUCUGACAGACUGAAAAUUUUGAUGAAAUGGUCGGCAGGCUUUCUUUACUCAAGAAAUUUUGGAACCAUUUAAAUUUCGUAAGUCAAUACCUGUAUACCCUAUCUAUUCUCUGAACUAGAAAUUGAAAUAAAAAAUUUCUACUUUUA